AGAAUUAGAUAACUAUCUUUUACCUACUGCUGUUUGAUCGUUACUAAUCGCCGUUAUUAUUCUCUAUUAUUGCUUUUAUCUUGCAUUGAUAGAAUUUAAAUAAUAAAAUCAAUCGAUAUUGCAAGAUAAAUUCGAUUGCAUAUAUUUUUCUUCUCGAUAUCAAUGUAUCAUAUUUCUUUUGCGUCUUAGAUAAUUUAUAUUCUGAUGUAUCAAAAAUAACGAACGAGUCAAUUCGUAUUAUUUUAUCGUCUAUAUUUUCGAGUCUAAAUAGUAAUCAAAAAUGCCACGCUACAUCGCAAAUAUACGUUAGAUCAUAGUUCUUUUCUAACAAUAACUGAAAAUACAGAAAAUCGGUUGAUUUGUUCUUUUUGAAAGUAGCACGAGGUUUGAUUGGUUUACACAUAUUAUCAUUCUAAUUGGACACCUUUGUCACCUGGCCUUGCAGAAAGUGCUUUAAAAUCUUGACGUUACAACGAAAUGUGAGUAAUUGGAACCGCUUAUUCCAAUAUUCGGCGAAGAAAUGUGGAAGUUUGGUGAAUUGUGGCAUACGACAUAUUGAAUAUACCAUGCACGCAUGUAAACGGAGAAUAUGGGUUGAAUAAUAAAUUGCACAAGAUGUAAAUGAAUUAUUCGAUCCUAACAAUUUGGAAAGAAUGAUGAUACAUAAAGAAGAUAAACAUAUAUGAUUGGCUGUUCUAAAUUGUAGUAGUCUAUAAAUAAAUUAUUCUAUAAAAUAUUAAUAUGAGUAACGUUACUUCACAAAACGUUUCAAUAGGAUCAUUGUUAGCGCUUAAGAAAAAUGAUUUUAAAGAAUUUGUUUGUGGUUGGGGGGCUGCUGUCAUUAACGUCUCUGUUACCUUUCCUAUUAACAAAAUUAUAUUUAGACAGAUUUUGGAAGGAGUACCAGCUAAUACUGCGUUGCAACAAAUAUCUAAAGAAGGUGUACGGUUAUUGUAUCGUGGAAUUUUACCACCCCUUUGCCAAAAAACAUUGUCGCUUAGUAUAAUGUUCAGUAUGUAUGAAGGAUGCAAAGAUCGUUUGUACAUGUUAACGAACAAUGAUAUAUUAGUUAGAGUAUUAGCAGCUCAUUUUGCUGGCACUGCUGAGGCUAUACUUACACCGCUUGAAAGAGUACAAACAUUGUUGCAAGAUUGGCGGUAUCAUGGUAAAUUGAAGAACACUUCUCAUGCAUUUAAAUAUUUAUUAAAAAAUUAUGGUAUAUCGGAAUGUUAUCGUGGUUUAGUUCCAAUUGUAUGUAGGAAUGGUAGCUCUAAUCUCAUGUUCUUUGUUUUAAGAGAACAAUCGAAACGGUUAAUGGGCGAACAUGAUUCGUUAUUAACGAGUUUCAUUAAUGGUGCUUUAAUAGGUGGCUUCACAAGUACUGUAUUUUAUCCGAUGAAUGUAGUAAAAAUUCAUAUGCAGUCGAAAAUAGGCGGUAAUUUUGAGAAGUUUCUGACUGUCACUCGUGAAAUAUAUAUUACAAGAAACAGAAAUAUAAUGGCAUUUUAUAAAGGUGUACACUUGAAUUACAUGAGGUCGUUUAUUAGUUGGGGUGUGAUAAACACAUCUUAUGACUUCUUAAAAGGAAUCCUAUUUCGAUAAUAACAAACAAUAGAAAUAUUUAUAUAAAAAAAUAUUAGUUAUUCUAAUUAAAACUAUUAAUCGCACACUUUUCUCGCAAUUAAUAAUUAGCAUGAAGAUCUAUACAGUAUUCAGGGUACUAUAGAAAAAUAUUAAUUUCUUUACUCGUUUUUGUAACCGAAUAAUUUUGCAAUAAGAAAAAAAUGAAAUUUAUAACUUAUGAUUCUUGCAAAUAUUGUAAAAAAUAUUAUAAAGUAUUAUUUUUUUAAUAAGAAUAAAUAAAUGUAAAUGAUGAUAAUUGAAAUUUGUAAGUACAUUACAUUAGACUGUAAAGAAAAUGAUUUCUUAUUUAUUUAAAAAGCGAAUGAAAUAGUUCCAUUUAGUUUCACUAUGCAUUUAUCAUAUAUAUAAGAUCAUUCGAAUAAUAGUCAAUAUAGAACAAUAAAAUGAUUUCUUUGUGAUUAGAAAUAUUGUACUUGAUAACUUUUGGGACAGAUGAAUAUGGAAUAUUUUUUAUUGUGCCAAAAUUAUAUACCACUAACAAUGUACAAAAUAUUAUAACACAGGAUAUAACUUUAUAAAA